AUGCAAGGCUCGUACCGCCAAAACAGCUGGCACUCUGAGGUUCGGUUUGUGGAGGAAGGUUGUCUGGCUGGGCGGUCAAAGGGGACAGGAGGCGGCAGAACCGCCAAGUCAGCCCACUGUUGCCACCAGCAGAGCGCGGUAGAACAACCAAAUUUUGCUGCUGUGCUGGCUUGGAACACUGCGCGGACACGACUCACCAACAAGCCUGAUGAGGCCGUGAAACACAGGGCUCAAAUGAAAAGCAGAAGACGGGUAACAGAAUUGCAGGUAAAACGAAGUCUGAUGAGGGCUGUAUUCGGAGGUGUAACGCAUAGAAGAGCCCUGAGCCCUGACUCGGUGCUGUUUUGGGCAAAGGUUGGCCCAUUGGGGACUUCCUCUGUUUGGCUUGGAAUUUUGGGCAGUAUUACCCGAUACCGGAGUUACACUGAGGAUGACAAAGACAUGGACAAACCCGCCACAACCACAACCGGGCUGCGAUUACUAUUCUUGUUUCCAAGCAUGACCGGAAUAAACCACCAGCUACGGGCAAUUUGUUUACGUAGAAGAGGGACACCGCAUAUUCUCCAUCUUCUUCUUUCUGAGUUUCCACCCGCAGCACGGAGCAGAGCGUCAUCAGUCAUGAUCAAUGUUACCAGUAUUCAGCCGUAUGUCGCAUCGUGGUUUACCCCUCAGUUGAAAGCAUGUAUCACGAGCAUCCCCGCAGGAACAGUGGAGAAACAAUCCUCCUGCCAAAAGACUUGUGUUAUCCUGAGCCCGACACGUAGUCCAACACACUCAACAUCACAGCUGCAGUGA